GCACAAUGCCAGCCAUUUCGCUCUUCUUCGAAUGCCCGCUCCCUCCCCUCCCCCGACAGGCCAUCCUGCUUUAUUUCUGGCACCCACAUCCCUUGCAGCUUGGAAGGAGAAUGUAAAAAAUUUAUGCACAAUGCAUGUGGGUGUCCUGCCCAUCCAUUAUCGUUGAGCUUUUCCCGCAUAUAGUGGGCGUCUCGGCAAAUGAAGGGUCAUAUGGGUACCCCUACCCUUUAUUUUUGGUUUUUGCAGGAUGCUGGAUGCGCUCAGAGUGACACGCCCGCCAGCACAAGGGCCAGCAGGACGCAGGGCAGUGUGACUUAUGCAAGGCGGGAUGCAGAUUGGCAACCUCCCGCCUGCCAAAUUCAUCAGCCCUUGAAUGCAACCUCCAUUGUCGUUGCUGCAGCCACCCCGGCAUCCCGUGCUACUAGAUGACAAC